AUGGAGAGGGAGAACCGCACAGUCGUGACAGAAUUCAUCCUCCUUGGUCUGACCCAGUCUCAAGAUGCUCAACUCCUGGUCUUUGUGUUAGUUUUAAUAUUCUACUUCAUCAUCCUUCCUGGAAAUAUCUUCAUCAUUCUUACCAUCAGAUCAGACCCUUGCCUCACAGCCCCCCUCUACUUCUUUCUGGGCAACUUGGCCUUCCUGGAUGCAUCCUACUCCUUCAUUGUGGCUCCCAGGAUGCUGGUGGACUUCCUCUCUGAGAAGAAGGUGAUCUCCUACAGAGGCUGCAUCACUCAGCUCUUUUUCUUGCACUUCCUGGGAGCAGGAGAGAUGUUCCUUCUUGUUGUGAUGGCCGUUGACCGCUACAUGGCCAUCUGUCGGCCUUUACGCUACUCAACUCUCAUGAACCCUAGAGUCUGCUACGCCUUGCUGUUGGCUCUGUGGCUUGGAGGCUUUACUCAUUCCAUUGUACAAGUGGCCCUUGUUCUCCGCUUGCCCUUUUGUGGUCCAAACCAGCUAGAUAACUUCUUCUGUGAUGUGCCACAGGUCAUCAAACUGGCCUGCACAGACACCUUUGUGGUGGAGCUCCUCAUGGUCUCCAACAGUGGCCUGCUCUCCCUCGUAUGUUUCCUGGGGCUGUUGUCCUCCUAUGUGGUCAUCCUUUACCGUGUAAGGCGGCAUUCCUCUGAAGGAAAGAACAAGGCUCUCUCCACAUGCACUACACAUAUUAUCAUUGUGUUUCUCAUGUUUGGACCUGCCAUCUUCAUCUACACUCGCCCCUUCAGAGCUUUCCCAGCUGACAAAGUGGUUUCUCUCUUUCACACAGUGAUCUUUCCUUUGAUGAACCCCAUAAUUUAUACCCUUCGCAACCAGGAAGUGAAAGCUUCCAUCAGGAGAUUAUUGAGUCAGCACAUAGUUUGCUGA